GGUGUAGAUCCUAAAGGACCAAUCACAGUUGGUCAUCCGGUCAGUACUUAUCUGCACCCUGUCGUGCAGGACACCGAUUUUGAUCUUUCUUUUCUCUGAACUGAGGCCCAUCUACAAUCACAGCAUGACAAGCUACACAGAUAAAGGCGAGAAGCACGCAAAGGGAAAGUUUGUCAAGUUUCAUCAUAUCACCUUCUGGGUCGGCAAUGCCAAACAGGCAGCCUCGUUCUACUGUGAUAAAAUGGGCUUCGAGGCUUUGGCCUACAAGGGUUUGGAGACUGGCAGCCGAGAGGUGGUGUCUCAUGUCAUCAGACAGGAUAAGAUCAUAUUUGUAUUUGAAUCGCCACUAAACCCUGGAAAUGAAGAGAUGGGGGAACACUUGAUUAAGCAUGGAGAUGGAGUCAAAGACAUCGCUUUCCAAGUGGAGGACUGUGACUUUUUAAUCAAGACGGCCAAAGAGCGAGGAGCUGUAAUCGUCAAGGAACCCUGGGUGGAGCAGGACAGCCAGGGCAGGGUCAAGUAUGCUGUCAUUCAAACGUAUGGAGAUACAACACACACACUCAUUGAGUACCUCAGUCCGUACAAAGGCCUUUUCCUGCCAGGCUACAAUAAGCCUCUGUUUAGAGAUCCUCUGUUAGCCACACUUCCACCAGGAGGUUUGAACUUCAUCGAUCAUGUAGUGGGAAACCAGCCAGAUGACCAAAUGGUGCCAGUUUCAGACUGGUAUCUGAAGUGUAUGAUGUUCCAUCGGUUCUGGUCAAUAGACGACAAGCAGAUCCACACGGAAUACAGUUCAUUGAGGUCCAUAGUGGUGACCAACUACGAAGAGACCAUCAAGAUGCCCAUCAACGAACCUGCAAUGGGGAAAAAAAUCUCACAAAUCCAGGAAUACGUGGACUACAACGGGGGACCAGGCGUUCAGCAUAUCGCCCUCAACACGUCAAACAUCAUCCAAGCCGUAGUGAACCUGCGCGCCCGAGGGAUGGAGUUCCUCUCAGCGCCUGACUUGUACUACGACACCCUGCGGAGGAAUCUCAGAACCGCCAAGAUCAAGGUGAAGGAGGACCUCGACCGCUUACAGGAAUUGAAAAUCUUAGUUGAUUUUGAUGACAAGGGCUACCUCCUUCAAAUCUUCACCAAACCUGUGCAGGACAGACCAACUCUUUUCCUGGAGGUUAUUCAGCGGAACAACCACUUUGGCUUCGGGGCAGGCAACUUCAAGUCUCUCUUUGAGGCCAUUGAGAAGGACCAAGAUGCCAGGGGCAACCUCACUGUGCUGACACCCGCAGGGCAGGCCAAAGCCUUCAACUGAUCCUCCGACUGCUGCUGCCAAACCACACUUACACUGUUAUAUAUGGCCGUGCAUUUCAGAGGCAAUCAACAACACAGCAUAUCAAACACAUGUACCAAGUGCUGAAUAUCUUCAUGUGACAAGCUGCAAGUGUUAUCAGAUAUGCUUUAAGUUGUCUAUAGAUUGCCUGCUGUAUGACUAAAAAAAAAAAAGAUACUCAUGAUCACGCAGGUUGGCCUGUGUGGGUGGGAAACAGGUACAUAUUUUAAAGGAAUUGUUUGACAGUUUGGAAAAUAUGAUUAUUUGCUUUCUUGCCAAGAGAAAGUCAAGAAAGUAAAUACAUGUAUUUCCCAAACUCAGUCAUAUAUGACUUGAAGUCAUGGUUCAAAUCAAAAUAAUUUUUACACAAAAAAUGAUGCCAGUCGAAUCCCCACUCAAAUCUAUUGUAGCAUGAUAGACCUUUCCCUUUUCAGCCUCUGCAUUCACAACUGGGGUUCCAUAGUGAUUAAAUCGGUCGCAUUUCCGGCGCACUAAGUUUGAGAUCAAAUGAUAAGCAAAGUCCCAUGUGUCCCCUCUUUGUCAAAACAGCGGCGCUGUGGCUACAGUGUGUCUCAAUUUAGAUAUAUGGCUACAGAACAAUUCACCUAUGUUAAUGUUGGGAAAAUUGGAUUAUUAUUUUUUGUGAAAUUUAUACGCAAGUAAAUUUCACGCCUUAUAAGUAAGUUUCACACUUUCCACCACAGGGUUUUGGUUACGAUCUUUACUAAAUAAAAGAAGUUAUUUCAUAAUUCCUAUACAUAUAA